AUGUUGUUCAGGUACUUUGUAUUUCCGUUGGCAGUAUUAUGCCUAACUUUAGUGGAGAAUCUUGCUGUAAUUGCUAUGGAAGAUAAAAGGUCUCUACUCAUUCAGAGAAGAGAUUUUAAUCUAACAUCGAGCACUAGAUCCACUACAGCCGCGUCAUCUUAUCAAUUUGAAUCUUCUACAUCAACAUCAAUCCCUUGUACUGUCUGCCCAGACUCCAUGUUCCCCGAGAAACCUCAAGAUAUGGAGCAAGAAGAUACUAAGUCUCCAGUAAUCUUGGACGAACUUUAUUCGUCAUAUUAUACAAUGAAGAAUUUCCAGGAGGACUCCGAUAUCGAGGGUUCCUCUUCUGAUCAUUUGGUUCUUGUCACACCUCCGUUUACCUCCCCAGUUGAGACUCCAAUUCCUGCUCCAAGAACCACUACAACUACCACUACCACUACUACUACCACUACAACAACUACCACUACCACAGUUCCACCUACCAAGUCUCCGGAAUUUGUUCUUGAAGAUGUAAUAGAACCAGUUUCUCCAAUUGACGAGGCAUUCUUGUACUCUCCUCAAACUGAAAACUCGAAGCGUUUUGAGGAAUGUCUUGGCCAGGAUUGCAUGGAACUAGCAUCUUUAGAACCAAAAGUCAGUAAUAUGGUUAACUUUUUUGAACAAAUGCCUUCAGAUGUUGUAGAACCUAGACGUGAGUAUCCAAGAUCAGAUGUUAAGAGAUUAGUUGAUAGAUUUGAGCAUCCUAACGAAGACGAAUUUGAGUCAAAGGUUGAAAGUCCAACUUUGUCCUCCCUAAGGGAAGGUACUUUGGACUACUUGAAGCUCCCAGAGAAACCUGAGCCAAAGAUUAAUCGUUUCACCCCAACUAGAGAAGUAGUUCCAGAUAUGGUGGAAAUGUUUGAAUCUAUGAACUCAGAAAAGCCCGCCCAAGUUAAAGAUGAUGAAUAUGUUGCAACUUCUGUUGUCGAAGUUGAGGACAGUUCCGUUGAGAAAAAAAUUGAAUCCAAGGUGACUAGAGAAGCUGUUCCAAAGCUUGUUGGAGCUUGGGAAAAACUCAGACAUAAGGAGGAAGUCCCCCUUUCUGGUAGGAAAGUAGGUUACACUUUUAAGGAACUUUGUGAUGAUAGAUACAAGAAAUGCUCUGAAAUCAAAUUAGAAAAAAGUCCUUUGGUUGAAAACGUAUCCUUCCCACCAGCAGAACGCAAUAUAUUUGAUGUUGAAUCUAAAAGGAAACGUAAGGUCAAGAUUAGAGCCAUCUCUGACUCUCCAGAAUCUGCAAAGGAUGAUCUUAAAGCUACUGCUGGUAGAUUGGGAUUGGAGUUGGGAGAUGACGAAAUCAAGGUUUCUAGGUUAAGAGGAUAUAAAUUAGUAGGAAAUUAG